AUAGCUUCACAGUAAGACAGAAAUACUGCUUUUAAAGGGAAACCAAGGUUGUUGAGGUGGGCACAGCAGGAUCGAGAUUGCUGCUGAUUGCAGGGCUCUGAGGAACAGAAUUGGUGUGCCAUUCCCCUUUCGUCCUCUCAUGCCCUCCCUUGUGUGUUUCCCUAUGUGUUAGUGACCCCUGCAACCACCUACCCGCUCCCACCUGACCCCUCACCCUACCCUCCCCUGUGUUGUGUCGCCUCUCUGGCACGGAGCUCACCCUCUCCCCCCAUGCUUUGGACAAAGUCAGCUCACUGCCAGCCCAAUGACUGCCUGGAUUGUCCUGCCUGUCAGCCUCUCUGCCUUCUCCAUCACAGGAAUAUGGAUAGUCUACGCCAUGGCUGUGAUGAAUCAGCAUGUUUGUCCAGUAGAGAACUGGUCUUACAAUGUAACAUGCACAGAGGAGCUGCCCCGACCAGGCUUCCCCAAGACAUGCUGCACUAUCCAGGACAUCCCCCUCAUCAGUAAGUGUGGCUCCUAUCCACCAGAGAGCUGCCUGUUCAGUCUGAUUGGCAACGUUGGAGCCUUCAUGGUGGUGAUGGUGUGCCUUCUGCGCUACGCCCAGGUGAUAGAGCACAGCCACCGGUGCUGGAUCAACACCAGUGCCCUGGUGUCUGGCUGCACCAACGCUGUGGGCCUGGUCAUGGUGGGCAACUUCCAGGUUGACCAUGCCAAGUCUCUUCACUACGUGGGUGCUGGCGUGGCAUUCCCAGCAGGACUGCUGUUUGUGUGCCUGCAGUGUGUGCUCACCUACCGGGUGGCUGUGACCGCCUUGGACUACUGGAUGGCCCACUUCAGGGUGGCACUGGCACUGGGUGCCAUGGUCUCCCUCGUCCUCAGUGGCAUCUUCUUCAUCCAUGAGAGCUUUGUCCUGCAGCAUGCCGCUGCCAUCUGUGAGUGGGUCUUCACCGUGGACAUCCUGGUCUUCUACGGCACCUUCACCUACGAGUUCGGCACCGUCACCAGCGAGACCAUGAUGGCGGGCCUGCAGCAGACACUUCACCACAGCUCGGGAGUCAUCAUGGGCCCCGGGGCCAGGGCUGCAGCGCUGGGUGGGGCGACCAAGGGCCUUAAGUCCCCUGGGGGAAGCAGCACGUCCACCCAUCUCAACUGUACACCGGAGAGCAUAGCCAUGUUGUAGCUCUGAGCCGCACCCCCACUCCCCCAAAGCUCUGCGAUGUCAGUGCAGCAGCGCUUCACCAGCUCCCACUGGACAGAGAGACUCCAGAGGCAGCACGGGGAGGAGGAGGGGACACUUUCUAAUCUGUAAGAACUGGGCCGCCACACAAGGUUUUCAUGUCUCUAUCGCUGUAUUGUUUUUGUUUUUUUUUGUGUGUUGUCAUGAGGUUAGCCGCUACAGUCAAAUGUCCUGUUGCUUUUGCUGUAGUGACACUCGAAAGAGGGCUGAAUGUGUGGAAGCAGGGGGAGCACUUGAUCCACGAAUGUUUCUCAAGAUGGCUGUUGGCUUAGGGAACCAGGUCGCUCAUUUCUUCACUAGGGACAAAUUAUGUUUGGCCGCUGUGGCUUUUACCAGUGUUCACUGUCUGUAUCUGGGCAGAAAGACAAGAACUUUUCCCAGAGCCACAUGUUGUGUUGUUUUUACCCGCCAGACACUUUUUCACAGACUCUCCAACGCUCGGUGUGCUCCACCCCUCUUGUUGUUUUGACGCCCUGCCCAUGCUUAUCUCUGCACGCCAUACUUUGAAUGACACAACAACAAAGUAUGUCUGACUUUCUGGGUUUGUAUUUUAAAGCAUCGUAAGUAGAAAAUCUUGAAUGUUUGAGAAGUGAAAACUCUAUAGAUAGUUAACAGUUAUGUGUCUUUGACAGGCUACAUGCACAUGACCUUUUUUUUUUUUUUUUUUUAAAUUUAUCAAUCAAACAUACAUUAUCUGUCAAAUUCUUGGCAAUAAUCAUUAACAUUAUUUGAUUUGACCAUUUGUGCGCACAUUUGCCUGAUAUCUGAAAUGGAUUCCCCAUGUGGACAGAUGAUCCGAAUGCAAUUAUUAUGUUAUCUUUUAAUUGUUUUACAAAGUAAUAUCUCUGUAUUUUGAACCACUGGGUUCAUUGUCCUCAUCAGGACAUAAUCGAGUUUGUUGAGUGUGGAAUGGUUAUGUUAUCCUGCUGGCUUCUUCUGCCCUUAUAUUGAUUAGGGCUGUCUGCUUCUCCGUCACUUGGAAUUGAUAAUCGCUACUUUUGCCCUUUUUUCAUUCCAUUAUUCUCCCAUGUCAUAUGAUUUGUUUUAGACAUUUGCACUUGAUUCUACCUUGUUUUUUUUUUUUUUCUUUUCUUUCUGUUCACGCCAUGUCCGGUGCAAUAAUUGCCAUUUCAUCUGACAAUUUACACUCCAGUGGAGUGAGUGAUGCCUUUUUCAGUGAGACGAUUUAGGGUUUACCCGGGGUUAAGUCAAACACAGGGCUCUUUUGUUCCUAAAGUGAGUCACGGGGAUACUUGAACCAGACUACUUCCUGUAGUAAAAUGAGCGGUAAACGAUAAAGGGUAAACCCAUAUAAUCCAUCUAACCCAUUUACUUAACCCAUUAACAUAGUUUGUGUCCACAUGCUCAGCAUAUGGCGGACACAAACUUUUGUGAUUCCAGGCUGGACCCUUGGAAGCCUUAUUUCAGUUUUGAUAGGUUUUCUGUUAAAGACAGUCGUUAGAAGAGUUGAUUGAGAGGCGUGAGUGAAUCCGAUGCCUGCAGACCUUGUGCCAUUAUCCCUGUGGGUGUCACAAUGCAUCAUGAGGAUCUGAACACAGUGUUAAAACCAGCCAAUAUUGUUUGUUGUAUACAAGACACAGGUCAUUGUGAGAUGCUAAACUGUCAUAUUUCAAAUACUGAGAAUUUUAUAUGCUUGAAAGUAUUUCUUGUUGCCAACUUCUUAUCUGCAGUGACAUGCUCGUUACAGUUGAGAAAAAGCUCAACACCAAAAGCUCCAAUUAGUUCAGGCUCAGACUAAAGCUGACUAACGCCACCUAGAGGAGAAUUUGAGUCCCACUUUAGAUCACACUGUCAGAUUGAAGCCGUUUGACCUCACCUGUGAUCAGUUUCCAGCAGUAUGUUACAUAAUCACUGAAGCAGUGUUCUGCUGCCUGGGCAGUACUGGCACAUUUUUUAAUUUGUCUAACCACUGGAUGCCAGCAAUACACAUUUUUGAAGUUGUUACGUCACCUACCUCUGUUAUUAUCUGUGCGAUCGAUGUAGAAGAAGGCAGGGUUCCUACAUGUUUUCCCGUUCAAAAUGCCAUACAUUUUUCAAGCUUUAAUACUGAGGAGAGCAAUAUGACUUUGAACGAGGCCAUAUCAUUCUGCAGCGAAGGCUCAGUCUUGUAUAUCAAAAUGCGUGGUGUGACAGUGGCCCUACUUCAACAUAAAAUGUGUUGUUACGUAUGUCAGGUCAUUGCUUUUCCACACAUUUCAUGCAAACCAACUUUUCACGUCGUCCAAAGUAUCAAGUUAAUUUCCCAUACUUUGCAGACUUUGUAGGAACCCUGACAAGUACAGCAGCUGUGUCAAAGAUGGUUUUUCUUGCUCCUGCACUUCUUGCCAAAAAGGUGUCGAAUCUACACUGGAAUUUUGAUGGCUUUUCUCAGUGUCAGCUGUAGGUGAAAUAAAUGGGAUUUG